AUGUGGUUUUACAGCUACCUUCGACAUCCCAAUGACGUGCCUUCCCUGCGUACUCACACGCGAUCGAGCAAUAUUUUUCUGCGUCUCGGUCCGCAAUACUACUUGCCUGAAGACGAACGCAAAAGUCUGUUCGUCCGAACUUGCCACCUUCUCUACUAUCUCGCUAGCUUGCUUUUCCUGACGACGCUUACCACCUACACAGACAUCAAGAUUCCUUCCAACCCGUCAACCACUACAGAGCUUCUGUCUCAGUUGUUCCCUUUCAACUCUAUCGAUGACUGCAACGAACGGCUAAGCUGCAAAGUCAAUUGUGUCCUGUACGCGUUUCCCGACUUGGACUGUGCGAAAGACGACAGUGGAAGGUUGACCUUUGGAGGGAAUCUGUACUCGAGUCUGUAUUUCUACGAGUAUCCUGGCAAAGAUGUUCCCCUCCAGAAGGAAGCCAGGACGGCCUGGGAGCGCUGUUACACGGUCAUGCGAGAAACAACCGGCAGACUUCAGUACUUGCAAAAAGACAGAGAAACUGUCGAGCGGACGCACACUUGCUUCGCUGGCUGCAAAACAACAACUGAGGUCACCUUUACGCAGAAGCUGACCGACGGGACUCCAGUCGUCUUCGACUCCGGCACAGACUGGUUGCAGAUGGCACCGGCGGGCUCUUCGCCCGAGGACACCCGCCCCCCAUGCAAGUCGAGCGAGCCUCCAUCGCUUUUGUGUGUCGAACCGACAGACGAAUGUCAACCCGUGACGCUUCCUUACCAAGUAUGUAUCGGAGACACCCUCUUUUGUUUUGACAUCGUUCGCGUCCUCAUCACCGUCGCUCUCGGGGCAGUCUGGAAUCUCGUGCUCGACGCCUUUAUCGUUUGGGCGAUGUCGAUCGACGAUUCGGAUCCUCAAAAUCUCGGCCGCGUCGCAUCCAAGUGUGGACUGCAAGUUAUAUCGACGGCAAUCAUCGUUUCCUCGUUCUUCUUCUUGGUCGCAUCCAUGUCAAGGAUAUUCGGAUUGGACGCCAACAUCGCGCGACAAGGCACUCUCUGGACGUCCUUUGUGCUCGUCAUCCUCGUCGACCAGUUCUUCGGCUUCCUAUUCAAUGUGCUCAUUUGGUAUGCCAUGCUCCGCCGCUGUGGGCGGCAGGUUCCGGACGAGAGCAGAUUCCAGUACAAAAUUCAUCCGUCGCCAGUUCUUGUGAAAAUCAAAAAGGGGACAAGGAAGAUUGUCAACUACAAUGGAUUCGAGAUGUUCUUCACCAUUCUCCUCGGCUGGAUGGUAAUCGACCUCACGUGCCGCAUGAUUCUUUGUCAAUUUUACUACAAUCAGACCGACUUUCUCAACCAGGCUGACCGCAUCCUGGAGGUUGUCGACUUCAUCAUUUUGAUCCUGUUCAUCAUUGAAAUUUGUCUCCGAAUUGCCGCUGACGGCUUCAAGAUUUACUUUUCUGACCCCAUCAACUGCAUCGAUUUUUUCCUUGUCGGCUUCGGCUUCAGCAUCCGCAUCGUCGGGUUCUUUGUCCACAUCAACAAAGGCAUUGGCAAUGUCCUAUUUAUUAUGCGCCUCGUCCGCCUGUAUCGGCUCCAUCGGCCGCCGUCAGGAUCCUUAGCGAUCGGCAAGAAAGAGGUUUUUACCAACAGAGUUGAGCGCAUCAUUGCUGUGCUCAACAAGGCACUUGAGAUUGAGGAGUUGACAACUCGAGAGAAAGACAGUCUGAAAUGGCUUAUCCAAACGAUUACCUCGGGGAAACUCUACGAGAUGGGGUCUUUGCUCUGCGUUCCGUCGUCCCUGCCUGCAUCCGCCAAGCCCCAAAGCGCCAACCAGAUGGCCGACGACAUGGAGAAUAUCCUUUUGGAGAGAGUGAAGCAAAUGACGACGGGCGGCGACACCGAGACAGAUAUGCCGGCUGUACUCCAGCUGGAGUACGGGAUCGACGUUUCCCUAGAUCAUGCAAUCGAGGGAUACUUAGCAAAUAACUUGAUCACGUGGAAUUUCGACGUCUUCAGAUUCCAUAUGGAAGUGUGCUCACUCUUCAAUCUCAAGAUCGAGAACAUGCUUCGGUUCGCAAUAGAGCUCGAGAAGACGUCGUUUUCUACAACACCUUUCCACAACGCGAUUCGGUCGGCAGAAGUCCUACAGGCGAUGCAUCUCUUCCUCGCCUUCUUCGACACGCAAAUCAAAGGCUUUUUCAAUUCCAGGGAAAUUCUGGCUGCACUCCUCGCGGCCGUUGUCUGGGACUACCAGCAUCCAGGCUUCUCGUCUGCCUUUCUGAUCAAAACGCAGCACGCGAUAGCCAUUAGAUACAACGACAGAAACGUGCUGGAACACCACCACGUUGCCGCGGCCUUCAGCCUGAUGCAGAGGCUCGGAGACAACGAUCCUUUGCUGGCUCUUCCUGAAGAUCAGUACAUAGCCCUGAGGAAAAUCAUUAUUCAGCUUGCUCAGUCGGGCAGCCGCUCGGGCGACAGGGAACUCGAGUUAGAUAUGCCAAUCUCAAAAAACUGCGACCGGCAUGCAGCCUCUGAGGCAGUUGUCCAGCUGGGAUUGAUAGACGGCUGGGCUAUUCCCAUUUACACGACGCUCGCCCAGACCCUGCCGAAGCUGAACGCGAUCGUUGUGUCACACCUAAGAAGAAAUAGGCUUCAUUGGCUCGACGAACAACAGGAAGAGGAUAAGUCAAAGGAGAAGCCAGGGAAAGCAAUUCCUGCCAAGAGGUACUCGAAAUCCAAGCAAGGAUCGACGGAGGGAACCGGAAACGGAGAAGUGUCGAAGCCGGGAGGUCCCACAGUUGAAACAGCCGAGGGAACCCUCAGUUCGCCGGAGCUCCGGACCAAUGCGAACCCACUAUUGGAAGCCGACUGA